CUACUGCCUCCCCGCCUGACUCCUUUCAAAAACUAGUGCUAUAGUUCCCUCUCUCUGUAAUUCUCUGUUUUGCCAAUAAAAAUGGAAAUCGGGAAUGAAGAGGAAAUCACGGAGGAGCAGAGAAAACGGGCAGAAGCAAACCGGCUAUCAGCCUUGGCUAAGCGCAAAACCAAUCAAGAAGCUUGGAAGCUUCUGAAAUGUCCAAAACGUUCGUCCAAAUCCACUCCAUCUAAUGUCAUUCUUUACAAGCCCGAUCCAGCUUCUGCUUCCAACCCGCUUCCGAAGCCCGACUCGUCGUCUCCCGCCCUCGACAGAUUCCGGGCAAGGCUUGAAAUUUGCGCUCCCGACUCGUUCUCUGUCACUCCUCUGCCAUUAGAGGGUGUUCCUUACCCCGGCCAAGAAACAUGUUUCGAGAAGCUUACGGAAUUGCUCUCAUAUGUUGUUCCGUCACACUACACUCAGAGUACCGGAGGUGGAACGGGUUGCGUGUAUAAGCUUACAGAUUAUGAAGCAGUGGUAAGGUCCAUUAAGGGUUGUAAAGAUGUUGAGUGUGAAGAAAUACCUUGGGGAACACUCAAUGUAGUUGAAAGACUUUCACAUUCUGAUAAUCCUGGGAGAUGGACACCUUGCAGGCCAGAGCAUCUAGCGGAUGAGAAGGUCAAUGAGUUGAUUAGCGGACUUCCUAAAACAUUGUUGGACACUCUGCUGCCAUUUCAGUUAGAGGGCCUAAGGUUCGGGCUGAGGAGGGGCGGUAGAUGUCUCAUCGCUGAUGAGAUGGGGCUGGGCAAAACCCUCCAGGCCAUUGCCAUUGCAAGUUGUUUCAUGAAUGAAGGACCAACUCUCAUUGUUUGCCCAGCUAUUUUGAGAUACUCAUGGGCAGAAGAAUUGGAGCAUUGGAUUUCUUGUUUGCCUUCUGAUAUCCAUCUUGUUUUUGGUCACCGAGACAACCCCUCACAUUUAAGCAGAUUCCCAAGAUUUGUGGUCAUCUCAUAUACAAUGCUAAAGCGCUUAAGAAGGAGCAUUUUAGAGCAUAAAUGGGGUAUCAUAAUCAUUGAUGAAUCACAUCAUCUUCGUUGUUCAAAGAAAAAGCAUGAAUCCGAAGAGAUAAGAGCUGUUCUUGAUGUCUCAAUGAAUAUCAAGCGUGUAAUUCUAUUAUCUGGGACUCCUUCUUUGUCAAGGCCUUAUGACAUAUUUCAUCAGAUAAAUAUGCUAUGGCCAGGUUUACUUGGAAAGACUAAAUAUGACUUUGCAAAGACUUACUGCUCAGUCAAACUUGUUCAAGGUUGCCAAGGGAAGGCUUUCUAUGAUUUCUCAAAGGGGAUUCGUUUGGAAGAAUUACAUAUGUUGCUUAAGCAAACUGUUAUGAUACGACGUUUGAAGGAGCAUGUUUUAGUUCAGUUGCCUCCCAAACGUCGCCAAAUCGUAAGGUUGGUGUUAAAGAAAUCAGAUAUUGCCUACGCACUGGCUUCUACUGAAGCAUCAGACGGGAAUGCCUCACAACAUGAUGGCAAUGGAACUGAUGCUCAUCAUAGUGUAGUGCACCUCCCUGAUGAAGACAACAGUGAUGAUAAAAAAUGUUCCUUAAAGUUGUCUGAUCAGGCACUUGGCAUUGCAAAGCUGUCAGGAUUCCGUGAAUGGCUCUCCAUACAUCCAGUCAUUGCAGAAAUGGAUGGUGCGGAAACAGUUAGUGCAAGUUGUUGUUCUCUUAAGAUGAUAAUAUUUGCUCACCAUCAUAAGGUUCUUGAUGGAGUGCAGGAAUUUGUUUCUGAGAGAGGAAUAAGCUAUGUUCGUAUUGAUGGGCAUACACCCGCUUAUGAAAGGCAGUCUUCCAUUCAAUCCUUCCAAAACUCAAAAGAGGUUAGGAUUGCAAUUAUUGGAAUACUUGCCGGUGGCUCAGGACUAAACCUGUCAGCAGCUCAAAAUGUUGUCUUUUUGGAACUGCCAAAGCAACCUGCACACAUGCUACAGGCUGAAGAUAGAGCUCAUAGACAAGGGCAAAAGAAUGCAGUCAACAUAUAUAUCUUUUGUGCAAAGGAUACCUCGGAUGAAGUUCGUUGGCAGAACUUGAACAAAAGUUUGCAUCGAGUUUCAUCUGCAAUGAAUGGGAAGUAUGAUGCAGUUCAGGAAAUAGAGGUUGAUAUUGUUUCUUACCUUGGAAGAACUGCUGGAAUUGAAGAGAAGCCAUAUGAGAGGGAAAAUGGUGAAAGUCUUCUUUCACAGCUAGCAGAAAAUGAGAAUGGCUGCUAUAAUGAAUCAGAUAAGAUGAUGACUAAUGGUAAUCAAGAGCAGAAUGGGAGCUAUGCAUAUCCAUCAUCUUCUUGUGAAAAGAACCUUGAGCAAGCUACUACCAAUACCAACAUUGAUGCAUCGUGGUGUGGUUCUGAUAGUUCUGAUUCAGAGGACAGUGUGUACCAUCAAGAACAAGAGUUAAAUGUUGAUCUCAUGGAUCUGUCAAAGGUCAGUGAUUGCGGAUCUGCCAAGAAAACUCAAUUGAAUAAUAUUAGCUCAAUCCAUCUCAAGUCUCUGCGAUUUGAGGUAAGCCCUUACACGGGAAGGAUCCAUCUAUACUCUUGCAUUCCAGGGAGAGACACAAGACCAAGGCCACUUCUUGAGAACUUCCGACAAGAGGAACUGAAUUUGCUGUCUUUUCCUGUGGACAGUGAGGAUAAGGUCUACAAAUGUAUCAAGGAUGACCCGGCAUAUUACCAUGUUCUUAAAUCAUUCGCUGAUGAGUGGAACAGCUUGAGGCCUAUACAACAAAGGAAAUUAAUGGGGAAGCCAUUACAACUCCCAUUAUGUACAGAGUUGUUCUGCUUGAUUGAGAACAAUAACUAUGAUAAUGAGGGACUGCUGAAAGAUCGUAGCAAGAAGCGGACUACACCAUUGAAUGAGAUAAGCCAUCCGUUGCCCUCAAAUGCCACAUGGAAGAGUGUCCGACUUGGUGGAAGCAAUAAAAAAGAGAGAGUAUUUACACAGGGGUGGUCAAACAAGGAUGAACCUCUUUGCAAGCUUUGUCAAUCAGCUUGCAAGAAAAGCAAUGCCAAGGUGCCUGAAUACUUUGAGGAUUUAUUCUGCUGUUUGGACUGUCAUGAAGAAUACAGAUUACGAACAAGUCGUAGAUACAUUCGUGAGAGGCUUUUUCAAAUUGAGCAUGGUAUUUGCACCAGUUGCCAUCUAAACUGUCAUAAACUUGUGAAACACUUAAGGCCUUUAUUGCAUGAUAAACGGGAAGAGCAUAUUAAGAGAGUAGCCCCACAUAUUGCAAAGCGCAAAAAGUUACUUGAGAAACUUGUUCAUAAUCCAAAUGAAGGCAAUGCUUGGCACGCUGAUCAUAUUACACCUGUAUAUAAAGGAGGAGGUGAAUGUUUGUUAGAGAACAUGAGGACACUUUGUGUGGCUUGCCAUGCAGAUGUUACUGCCGCACAACGUAAAGAAAGACACCUAAUGAGGCUGAAGGCAAGGAAGCAUCUUCAAGUUAUCAUGAGAAACCUCAAAACUGUCGUGGUGCCUCAUGAAAUUGAAAAUGAAACAGAGGAUAAAAGACUAUCCAAAGAUAGAUUGAGAAUGAUGGAAGAUAAUCUUCUGAUUAACAUCCCUGGAAGUGCAUAUUCACUACCUAAAAGCUGCUCUAUAACUGGGAGUCAAGACAAAGCCUUUGAUUCUUAGCCAUUUCUUUUUUUCACAGGACUGCAUGUAGGAGUGGACUGGGCCGGUUUGAACCGGACCGGAAUCCGGCCCGGACCACUACUGUACGGUACCGGGCGACCGAGACGCGGACCGGGCCUUGAGGCCCGAACCGGGGGUUGGGGGGGGGGGGGGGGUGGGAGUGGCUAUGGGAUGGUUAUUUGGUGGACCGGCCCGGCUAGGCAUGGACUCGGGCCGGGUCGGGCCAGGCCUAGGCCCGGUCGGACCGUCGGUUUGUAACUCAUGGACCCGGAACCGGCCCGAGGUUUGGACGGGUCCGGUUCGGGCCGGGCCACCUGCCCGGGUCACGGGUUCGGGCCACUCGCCGGGCCGGGCCGGGCCGGGCCGGUUAAAACUAAUAUUUUUUUAUAAUUUAUACUUUAUAGUUUUAUACAAGUAUUAAAAACAAACAUUAAGUGCAUUUAUUUGAAAUGAAAUAGGAACUACAUUUGAAAAUUAAGAGAAAUAUACAAUAUGAAAUACAUUAUGUAAAUUGUAAUCAAUCGGAACUUCCCGCACCUCCCGAUCCUUUGGCUUUGUCCCAUGACUUAAUAUGCUUC